AUGCCUUCUUCAUCUCCUCCUCCUCCCCCUCCCCUUUCCCCACCCCAGUCGCUCGUGGGAUCCUCGAAAAACAAUACUCCUCGUCUCGAGUCCAUUGCCGCCUUCCCACGCCUCGCCAUUGCCGCCCACUCCACCUCUGCCGAGUCCUCAGCGUCCAACUCACCUCGAUUCCCGCUUGCCGUCCCGCACGCGACCACUUCCGCUUCUACUUCCGCUUCUACUUCCGCUUCAGGGGCUCUCGGCAUACUCCCCUCUCCCACCACCGAGGGCUCCUCAACUGCUCGCGCGAGGAGGGCUACAGUCUCUGAUGCCGUUGCAUCCUCCACCUCCACCACCGCCUCCCAUCCUGUAGACAUCGAGAUGGACCCCAUAAACCCCAACCCCGUUGGCCAUCGCCGCCGACGGAGCAGCCUCAUGUCGCCAGCCACCAGCGCACAAGGCCAGCCUUCUGGGAGGGGUUCUCACACCAGAGGCCCUUCCGUAUCUGGCCAGUUUCACACUGACGAGCCCAAAAUAUCAGAAGAGAGCCAGUCUACCAUCAAGGACAAGAACGGUGUCAUAAGACACCCCAUAAAUAACAACGACUUCUCGGACGAGGAUCUGCACGACGACGAGGAGACCGGCCUCACCACCAAGGAGAGGCGGAGGAAACAGAAGAAGAGGAGGCGGAACACUCUGCUCGACCAACGGAUAGCACGGGACAACGUCACAGCAGAAGAGAAAAAGGAGGCAGACCAAACCGUCAUCCGGAAACUGGCCGUCAAUGGCACCCUGAUCGGCCUCUGGUAUCUCUUUUCGUUGGGUAUUUCACUUUAUAACAAGUGGAUGUUUGAUACCGCCCGACUCAACUUCCCCUUCCCGCUCUUCACCACAUCCGUACACAUGCUUGUGCAAUUUACACUCGCCUCUGUUGUUCUUUAUUGUGUACCAUCGUUGAGACCACAAAAUGCCCCAAGGAAUAUAUCGGAGUUUCGCGACUCGGCACAAGACUCGGAGCCAGAGCGGCCCCUCAUGACCAAGAUGUUUUACCUUACUCGGAUAGGACCCUGCGGUGCGGCCACAGGGCUUGAUAUCGGGUUGGGCAACACAUCUCUCAAAUUUAUCACACUUACGUUUUACACAAUGUGCAAGUCAUCCUCACUGGCGUUCGUUCUCAUAUUCGCCUUCAUGUUUAGGCUCGAGUCGCCCACAUGGAAGCUAGUGAGCAUCAUCGCCACCAUGACCGCAGGAGUUGUCAUGAUGGUAGCCGGCGAGGUCGAAUUCAACCUGGCCGGUUUCAUCCUCGUCAUCUCUGCCGCCUUUUUCUCUGGCUUCCGCUGGGGACUCACGCAGAUACUGUUGCUCCGCAACCCCGCCACCUCCAACCCGUUCUCCAGCAUCUUCUUCCUCGCGCCCGUCAUGUUCCUCACACUUAUUUGCAUCGCCGUCCCCACCGAGGGUUUAUUUGAGCUCAUGGAGGGCAUGCGGGGUCUCGUCGACGAAUGGGGCUUUGCUGCACCCCUGCUGGUUCUAUUCCCAGGCACUAUCGCCUUUCUCAUGACGGCUUCUGAAUUCGCUUUGCUGCAGCGCACUUCGGUCGUCACUCUCUCGAUUGCAGGCAUCUUCAAGGAGGUCGUGACAAUCUCCACAGCGACGCUCGUCUUUGACGACAAGCUGACUCCCAUUAACAUCUCCGGGCUAUUCGUUACGAUUGGCGCAAUCUGCGCCUACAAUUAUAUCAAAAUCACCAAGAUGCGAGCAGAUGCGCAAACCGACGUCCACGGCAGGCGGCCCGACGAGGACGGCGAUAUGACCAGCCCGAGCUCGAGCGGUACUGAUGUCGAAGACGAAGGAGGCGAAGAGACGGGCCUCCUGGCCGCAAGGCCUAGCGCCGAGGUAGAGCAGGGCGACCUCGUGACCGUGGAUGGAGAUUUUGUAUUCCCGCCCCGGGCACCGCAAGCUCCCGUACGCGCCUCAAUGGACGAGCGAGACAAAUUGGACCGACAAGACUGA